AUGUCAAUACCCCCAAUACUCAUCAAGGACUUGGAGAAAGGGAAACAGGUUUGGAAAAUGCUCAUUAGAGUUGUUGAUCUUUGGAUUGUGAAGGAGAAAAGUGGACUGCAACAUUUCAAAAUGGUGAUUCAAGAUUCACAGGGUGAUCAAAUCCAUGUCACAACUCAGAACCGUGAGUUUAAAGACUGGUCUGAACAGCUAACUGAACAUGAGACUUAUUGCCUUUACAAUGGAGAGCCAAUGACUAAUGAUGGCACAUUCAAAGUUUGCCCCAACAAGUUGAAACUUGUCUUCAAUGGAGGAACGACUGUUUCGAAAUUGCCAAUACCCGAAAUACCGAAACACCAAUUCAAGUUUAAGCUGAUUGUCGACUUUCUCACUGGAAAUUCCAUCACUGAUCUCUUAUACGAUGUCGUCGGGGUUUUACAAGAUGUUGUCAAGACAUAA